AUGUCGGUUGUGUUCCUGUUCGUCUUCGUGUUUCAGCUGUCAACUAUAUGUGAAAAGCAAUCACUAAUUUUUAAAAUUAAAAUAUUACACAUUGAUUUUGAAAUUGGUGCUAUUGAAGCAACAAAAGAAGUUUUUCCGUAUGUCAAAAUUAAAACUUGCCGUUUUCACUUGGGACAAGCUUGGUGGCGCAAAAUUAAUGGCAAUACAAAACUAAGAAUGGCAUACAACGAUAAAAAUAACGAUUUACAAUUAUGGCUUAAAUCAUUUUUUGGACUUUCUUUCAUCGCUCCAGAUGACGUAGAGGAUGCUUUUGUAGAACUUAUAAGUACGUGUCCAAAUAUUGCAGAUGGACAACUAUUUUCUGACUAUGUUUUGGAGACGUAUGUUGAACCUGGUUGUUUAUUUCCACCUAUUUUAUGGGCUGAAACACCAUCACUAAAUCCUAGGUAUAUAUUUACUAAUAAGUAUAAAAAAAAUAUUGUUUAAUCUAUUUAUACAUUUUCAGAACUACAAAUGGGGCUGAAAGUUUCCAUGCAACAUAUAACGCCCAGUUUACUAGUGCUCAACCACCGACAUUUGUUGUUAUAAGUACCCUUAUGGAAACUCAGGCAGAAACCGUCACUAAAUUAUCAACCAUUUUCAAAGGAAAAAUCAAGCCAAAAUCGAAGGAAGAACUAAA